UUUCCAAAUGAAGCGCUAUCAACAACUGACCGCAUCAUAGCAAUGCAGUACCGAGUGAUGGCCACAGUAUUAGAAACAAUAGACCAUCCCGCAGAUGCUGUAGCACCAUGUAAAGUGUGUAUUGAAAAGCUAAAUGGUCUGCCAGUGGUUCAGCAAAGUCUUCAACAACAGCUCAAAACAGGAAUCAGGGCAGUGAAGAGUUUAUUUAACAAAGAACGCUGGAAAGUUAUUUCCGGUGUAUAUCUUGUUAAUUGUAUCGCCCACGAUAUCACACAAACAAUAUCCGUUAAAGAAUCAUUGCCACAAUGGCCCGAGAUUGAUGCAGGAAAGGAGAGAGUUGAUCUGCUGCGAGAUCGGAGAGUAAGAGAAAUACUCGGUAAACAGGGAAUGGAGAACUGUUGUGUAUCAUGGAUACUUGGUCAUGAUGGCGUAGAGGUUCACGGGUUAAAUAAUCCGCGUGGUAUCACUACCAACUCAAGCGGGCAAUAUAUUGUAGCAUACAAUGACUUGACAAUCAAAGUGUUCAACAACAAUGGCAAUUUUGUGAGACGUUUCAGAAUUCCUCCUCUUAUUGAUGACAGCGGUAAGGUGCUAUUAAUUAAAACCUGGUCGUUUCCUCUGGCCACAGACACGAAUGACAACAUUUAUGUCCUGGUCAGCGAGGAGAGUCGUAUGGACUCAAACUGGAUUUUUAGGUUUAACAAAACCGCUGACCAGCAUCACACGCUUCAAAUCAGGAGGAUGGGCUUCGACUUUAAGCUAUGUAAAUUGUCAGUCAGUGAUAGUGGUAAAAUGCUGGUACUGAAGAGUUACUGUAAAAGAAAAUUUUGGGAUUGUAAAUGUAUAUGAGACUAAUGGUGAGUUUGUUUGCAGUUUUGGAGAACAAAUCUUGAGGAGCCCGUACGACAUCACUACUGUAAGUGACGGCAGAGUUAUGGUGGUGCAUAAGCGAACAAGGUGAUUAUAUAAACAAGUUCAAUUUGCCAAUGUCUACGACCUAUCCAAAAAUUGCUUUUCACAAGGGAAGUCAACAAGUCAUUGUGGCCGCUCUUAAGGAAUAUAAUUCAGACCUCCUGACUAAACUAAUAUGCACCAAAGAUGGUGAGUUUGUGCAAAGUACUGUUAUCCCUAUGGGAGAGUCCGUUAUUCUGGAUGGGAUUGCAGGGACCACUGAGGGACGCAUUGCAGUACUAACCCAGCAUGAAGAUGCAACACGCCAAGUAAUCAUUAUUUAAAAAUGAAUAAAGGGGUAAGUUUCUAAAGAAACUGUGGUGCUGCGUCGGUGGGAGAGUAUAGCAGGUAAUUUAGUGUUAACAACUGGGUUGAAAACGAAAUUGCUCUGACGAAGGGCUAACGCUCGAAACGUCAGCUUUUUUACCCUUUACGGUGGCUAAUUUACGUUUUCAACCCAGUUGUUAACACUAAAUUACUUGCAUUAUUUAAAAAUCACGUUUAGUUUACAGACUAAUCAUUUUUAAGGAUGGAUUGGUACUUUGCAGCAAUAAUCAUGUAAUUAACAUAAUAAGCAAAAUGCCUUUACUUUUCGCAUGCCAUGAUGUAACUUGAGACUAAAGUUUCAUGCCCAAAAUGAAAGGUUUCAUAUCCUCAAUUUGUUAACUUUUGAUGCGUUGGAAUUUAAUUGAACAAAUGCAAUGCGGUUUUGAAAUUUUCCUGGAAAAUAAGCAUUACAUCAUAGAUCAUGUAGGGACUUUAUUGGUGGCUCUAGGCUUAGCUUGAGAUAUGAUGCUUUUUUGGCAAUCAGCCUUGUGGUCCUCACUUCUUUAGAUGUAUUAAUAAAAUUGCACAUUGUAACUGCCAUACAUCUCCUUUUACUGAGAGGAAAUAUUUUUUUUAUGUCAUGGCAAGGCGACACAUCUGACACAGCAAUAAGCUGAGAUAUUUGUUUAUUCUCAUUACCUGUUUACUGGAUAAUGUAUGGAUAUUGUAAGGAGAAGUUGAAUGUGAUUCUCUUGUGUGAGUGAAAGGGGUUGAUAUCCAGUCUCUCUCAUGUAUGUGCGUCAUUUUAUAUUUUAAUCUUGGUGUUCCUCUUUUUCGAUAAUCUUAACGUUAGCCUUAUCUGUCCUUUAAGCAUAAUGCUUGGACAGUUACUGCUGUGAUAGGCCCAGUGUUUGCUUAAGUAGUUUUGAACACUUGUGCUUUUCCUGUCGAAUGUUUCAUUAAUCAAAUUUAGUAUUGUAUUUGGCUGUUGUUUUCUACGUGUCAAUUUUCAAACAAGACCAAUUUCUGCAGUGAACUUUGUCGCGUUGGAUGGUAAAAAAUUAGUAUAAUGAUCCUUGGAGAUCAAAUCAAACUUGUCAGUAAAUGCUAAUUAAUUCAUACCUAGCAGAGCAUGUGGAUGAGAUGAUGCGAGUCCUUUGCUCUGCUUGGCUACUCAAGCGGGCCAGAUGGAACUCUUGCCCGCUAAUGAAAAACGUAAUUUUUUUGUAUCUAGUGAAAGCUGAAAUAUAGUCAAUACUGGCAAAAUUUACCACUUGCUGAAUUUUUUCUUGUUUUCGACCUCUUUCGUUCUUUUUUUUUUUUGUAUGAUUUCGUUGAAUUUCGAGUACAACUCUUGCCCCACAGCCUCCAACUUCCCGUACCACGUUCUCACACCUCCCGUACUUUUGCAGCCCUUUGCUUCCCAACUUCCGCCCUUUUUUCGUAUUACUCCCGUCCUCAGUUUGAUAAAAAGGACUAUUGAUUUAACAAAUUGUUUUCCCAUCAUGUUAAAUUUUUGCUCUUAGUCGUGAGCCAUAUGAAAGCUGACUCCAACAAAUGAUUCAUAUCACUACACGUCCACUGUUGAACCGUUUGCGUUUUUGAGCGUUCAGUUUAAGCGCUGAUAGACCGUUAAAAAUUGUUUUGAUCGUAUUGUUUUAGUUUUACCGCCAAUUCAAAGGGCCUACUAUUAAUGAAAAUUUGUGAGCGCAUGUUGAUUUGUUUCCAAAUUUCGCUUAAAGGCUUGCGGCUUGAUGGCGGGGCGAGAAAAGUACGAAAGCCCGGUUAAUGAAAAGAAAAUUUCAGACACGGCUACUGUAUCAUUUAACUCGCUUAAACGGAGAUCUAUUUCACUCGCUUGCGUGCCAUUUUUACUCAGCGCUGAGCUCGACACAAUUCGUUUCGCCGGAAAGAUAAGCGAGUAGAGAAUGGAAAUAACUUGGCCUAUUUAUUCAAUGCAAGAGUCUUUCGUCGAGCAGUAGAUCAACCUCGUGAUUACAUGACCCCAUUGUCUUGUUCAUUUGAUCGUCCCAGUCGUUAUCUUAAAUAUACCCAUCCCCAAUACUUUCUUAAAGCCCUCACACAGUGCGAGAGACGGGAAAUAAUUAAAUUUAUUUGAACUUGGGAAAGGCUAUGAAAUUAAAGGUAGCCUUUCGGUUUAAUUAACCUUUUCGUUUUCUUGCUAUCAAAACUGUAAGUUGAACGUUAGGGCGAAAAAAAAAAAACUUUAAAUAAUCUUAAAAAUGUCGGUGAGUUCAACAGAUUAUCACUCGGUGACCCAAACAGGUUGAAGAUUGUUUAUUUUUGGACAGAUUAAUUCGUGGCACUGAAGACACAGAAGUUAAACCUUGGCAAGUGAAAAUCAGUAAACUGAAUGAACACAAAGUAAUGUAGCAAGUUAUUUAAGAGUUUCUGACAAAAACCGCACUUUCCCCGUUCCUCCGCUUUGACAUCUUUGGUGAAGGCUUAGUCCAACGAGAAAUACAUGCAGUAACACAAUAGUGAAUUACCCCUCAUAAUUUUCUGUCAUCUCUAAUUUAUGAUAAAGACAAGUCUUUCGUUAUCCUUUUAAAACAAUUCUGAAUUGAUAAAGAAGAAUGAAUUAUUAUUGAAUGAUCAUACUGAUUUUUUUGUGUUGUUUAUCAGUUUGAGUUCAUCUUUUGAGUCACGGCACAGUUAUGCAUUGUCAUCAUGUGAGCAUUCACAUAUAUUGAGUUUCUAAUCAGUGAUUAUGUUUAAAACCGUUUAUUUCUGUUGUGACUAUUUGAAGCUUCUGAUGGACUGUUAUUAUUCUUAGACAUACUUAAAAGCUGGUAACGAUUUUGACCUGCCUCUUUCACUGUUUCGCUACCAACUCAAGCGGGCAAUAUAUUGUAGCCGACUAUGACUUGACAAUCAAGGUGUUUGACAAUAGUGGCAAAUUUGCGAAGUGUUUCAGACUUCCUCCUCUUGUUGAUGACAAUGGUAAAGAGCUAUCUACAGAAAACUGGAAGGUUAAACUGGCGACAGACAUAAACGACAACAUUUAUGUGCUGGUUGAAGAAAAGAAUCAUCAGCGUUGGAUUUUUAAGUUCGAUAAAUCCGCUGACCAGUAUCACAAGUUUCGCGAGAGGACAAUGGACCUCGAGUGCAAUCUGUGUAAACUGUCAGUUAGUGAUAGUGGCAAAGUGAUGGUAUUGAAAGGCAAUUAUACAAAGGACUAUCAUUUUGUGGAUCUAUACGAGACUGAUGGCCAGUUUGUUUGCAGUUUUGGAGAACAAAAUUUGAAGAGCCCGCGAGACAUCAGCACUGUAAGUGAUGGCAGAGUUAUGGUGGUGGACCAAACGCCUUCUCAUUGUGUACACAUAUUUAGCGAACUCGGUGAUCAUCUAAGUAAGUUUGAUCUCAAAGGGUUUGUUCACUUUCCAAACAUUGCAUUUCACAGGGAAAGUCAACAAGUCGUCUUGGCUAGUACUGACGAUGAAAAAGAGCUCCUAUGUAUUGGAAUAUACACCAAAGAUGGUGAGUUUGUACGAAGCGUUUUUAUCUACAAAAGUGGCUAUUUCCUGUAUAAGAUUGCAGUGAGCACUGAAGGACGCAUUGCA